GGGCCGCCGGCCCAUAAAAGGCGCCGCGCGCGCCCGGGCCCGGCAUCGCCGCGCGCCGCGCACCGGCUCCGCCCGCAGUAUCUGCUGCAGUUCAAGAUGUCUACAAAAAUCCAUGGAGGCUCUGUUGUGGAGAUGCAAGGAGAUGAAAUGACCCGGGUCAUCUGGGAACUGAUUAAAGAAAAGCUGAUUUUCCCUUAUAUAGAUCUGGAUUUGCACAGCUAUGACUUGGGCAUGGAAAAUCGUGAUGCUACAAAUGACAAAGUGACUGUGGAAGCUGCUGAAGCCAUAAAGAAAUACAAUGUUGGCAUAAAGUGUGCAACCAUCACUCCUGAUGAGAAAAGAGUGGAAGAGUUCAAGCUGAAGCAGAUGUGGAAGUCUCCCAAUGGGACAAUUAGAAACAUCCUAGGUGGCACUGUCUUCAGGGAGGCCAUUAUCUGCAAGAACAUCCCCCGGCUGGUGUCUGGAUGGGUGAAACCCAUUGUCAUUGGCCGCCAUGCUUAUGGGGACCAAUACAGAGCAACUGAUUUUGUGGUACCUGGGCCUGGAAAAGUAGAGAUGAUAUACACUCCAAAAGAUGGAGGCAAACCAGUCAACUAUUUGGUACAUAACUUUGAAAGCUGUGGUGGUGUGGCCAUGGGAAUGUACAAUCUUGACCAGUCUAUCAAGGAUUUUGCCCACAGUUCUUUCCAAAUGGCACUGUCUAAAGGCUGGCCUCUCUACAUGAGCACCAAAAACACCAUCCUGAAGAGAUAUGAUGGCCGCUUUAAAGACAUCUUCCAAGAGAUCUAUGACAGAGAAUACAAAUCCCAAUUUGAGGCCAAAAAGAUCUGGUAUGAGCACAGGCUCAUUGAUGACAUGGUAGCUCAGGCCUUGAAAUCCGAGGGAGGCUUUGUCUGGGCCUGCAAGAACUACGAUGGAGAUGUGCAAUCCGACUCUGUUGCACAAGGCUAUGGCUCCCUGGGAAUGAUGACCAGCGUGCUGAUCUGCCCUGACGGCAAGACUGUUGAAGCAGAAGCUGCUCAUGGCACAGUCACUCGUCAUUACCGCAUGCACCAGAAAGGCCAAGAAACUUCCACUAACCCCAUUGCCUCCAUCUUUGCGUGGACAAGAGGGCUAGCUCACAGAGCUAAACUGGACAACAACACUAGCCUCAAAAACUUUGCCACUGCCCUGGAAGAAGUCUGCAUUGAGACCAUUGAAUCUGGCUUCAUGACAAAGGAUCUUGCUGCCUGUAUCAAAGGCCUACCCAAUGUCACACGUUCUGACUACCUGAGCACCUUUGAGUUCAUGGACAAGCUUGCUGAAAACCUGAAGGGGAAGCUGGCUACUCUGCCCAAACUUUAAGGCACAGGUUCUGAGCUCCACUAACAAAGCGUCUCCUGUUUACGCUCUGGUUAAGUGGUACUGGAACACAUUCUGUUGUGUAACAUUUCAAAUGCUAGAAGAAAUUAGUGUGUAAACUUCUUUUUUUAAAAAUGUUUAAAAGACCCUGUUCUCUUAAACUUUUGGGGCUGCUGGGCUAGGCCUUACUUUUGCCAAGCAGCUGAAUGUGAUAAGACUCAAGCUCAAAGCAGGUCUGGAUUCCUAAUGCCAUUCACAGAAGUCCUAAGGUUCUUCUUUGUAACACCUACCAUCGGUGUUUCUUUUCUCCCUUAUUCUCAGACUGAAAGCCAGUCUGUGACACAUCUCUGGUCAAACCAGUGGCGAUCUGCUGAGCAACAGACCUCAAAAACAAGAAAUGUCUUUCUCUCUCCAGUACUGUCUGCUGACUGUGAGCGAGCUCACAAGACUGUGCCAGAUCUACUGCAGCUCCUCUCUUACUUAAUGUAUCUUUUAGUGCCAUUCAGAGCAUAGUAUCCUGGUACUAAGGGAUUUCUUAAAUCAGGACUGUAGCAUUUGAAGAGAAUAAGCACUUCGUAAAUGCUGGAGACAAGUUUUUAGGCUAAUGAGCCUAAAAAAGCUAUGCUGCAGUGUUUAAAUGCAGGCCAUGCAUUUAAUUAUACUCCUGACUGGAUGUGAAGCAUAGGAACUGUUACCUCUGCCCCCUCCUACACUUCAUAAAGGUGCAAAACUGCUUUCUCCAGUUUUCUGGGCUAUUAUUUACCCGUCGUAUUGUGAUAUAGCAAGUCAGAUUAAGAUAUCCUGUGAAACACUAUUCCAUCCAUUUUUUAAAGAAUACUUCAGUUCAAACUAAAAUAAAAGGCAACUAAUA